AUGGAUUGUUCAUUCAUAAGCACAAACGAUAUCCGAAGAAUGUUCGAGAAGCUCGACAAGAACCAAGACGGACUCGUGACCCUCGACGAGCUCCAUUGGAUUCUCGAGAGACUCGGUUGCUCCGAACACACUCCCCAAGAUCUCGAACUGGUCGUUGGAAAACAGAGCCUCGAUUUAGACGAAUUCCUUCGGUUCUGCGACGACACCGUUUCAAGCAGCAAAGGAACGAAGAACGGUGACGUUGUCGAUGAUGAUGGAGCGAUUGUGAGGGCGUUUAAUGUGUUCGAUGUGAACGGAGAUGGCUAUAUAUCGCCGGAGGAGCUUCGAACGGUGUUGGAACGGCUCGGGUUUGAGGAUGAGGCAAAUACUAGGGAUUGUGGGAGAAUGAUUCGGGUUCAUGAUAAGAAUCUUGAUGGUGUUAUUGAUCUUGAAGAGUUCAAGAACAUGAUGUUACAUGUCCAAUGA